CCCGGGAGAUUCUACGUUUUCUUAUGCUUAAUUGAUCUACCCAUCGAAAGAGAUCGAAACACAUUUUUUGAUCCCUGGGCGGAGGAAUUCGGAAAAACUCAAUUCUGCUUUCAUUCGAUCGGAUGGUUUCCUUCAAUUGAAUUCGUCGAUACGAUACGAUACGAUACUCACGUUUAUUCAAUUGCAAAUUCCCACUUUCUGUGUUGUCUCCGCUGAUCCGAUUUCUAAUUUGAUCGAGCUAGGGCUAAUCCACCAAAGGAUUUCACUGUUUCGUUGAUCGCUGGGGUUGUUUUUAGGAGGGUUUGUGUACCUUGAUUGAUUUUGAGGGUUUGUUGAUUGCAAUGUUACAAAGGGGCUAGGGUUAAGUCUAGGGUUUUGAGGUGAGGAUUGAACAUAUAGUUAUGGAGGAGUCUGAACUUGAAGAAGGAGAGGCUUGCUCUUACAAUAUUACUAACGAAUACGCUGGAAGCAUAGACCCUGACAACGAUCUCUCUUACAUUGAUGAGAAGCUUCAACACAUCCUUGGACACUUCCAGAAAGACUUUGAGGGCGGUGUUUCAGCUGAGAAUCUUGGGGCGAAAUAUGGUGGCUAUGGCUCUUUCUUACCAACUUAUCAACGAUCUCCUGUUUGGUCUCACCCGAAGACACCAGCAAAACCUCAGAGUUCUACAGGGACUAGAUCUCCCAACAACUUACUAGGGGAGUCCCAGAGUGGCAAUGCAGCUUCGUCUAGUGUUCCUAAAAAGGCAAAAUCUGGGCUUGCUUCCUCUGGAAACCCCAAAAAAUCAGUGAAAUCCAAGAAACCCAGUUCCAGUGCCAGAAUGGAAUCUGCAACUAAGAAACCUGGUGUCUUUAGUAAACAGAAUUCUCUGAAGCUUCGGAUAAAGAUGGUACCAGAUGGUUUAUCUACCGAAAAGAAUGCUGCUGCGAUAUACAGUGGCCUUGGGCUUGAUGUAUCACCUUCUUUGUCCUUAGAUAAUAAUAGUCUUUCAGGUAGUGAAGGGAUGAAUGGGGAGCCUCAGGGUUAUUCUCCAAUGGAGUCUCCCACCAGUAUUCUGAAUGUAAUGACUUCACUUCCUGUGGAUCAUCGUCAGUUGCUAUCUCCUCUCUCUGAUGAUCUGAUUCGAUUCAUUACAAGGGAAAAAUCCGAAAAGGGAUAUAAGUAUACAUCUCCAUCCAGGCUUUUCACUGAGAGUUCUUCUGCUAUGGCGAACGAUUUGGAACCUCAGAAGGCUGGAGAAAAACCAUCAGUAGAGAAGAAAAAAAAGAUGGUGGAGAGGAGCAGCUUUUCUGCAGAGACAAAUGUCCGCAGUAAGAAGGGCCUGUUUGAUGCAACUGAUGCCACUGUCAAGGAGUCAGUGGAAACAAACACAUCAUAUCCUACUGCUGCGGAGAAAGAAACAGCCAGUAGUAAAUUAUUUGAUGCAUCCAAGGAAAACUACAAUGGCACUGUUAGGGGAGAAAUGGUGGGUGAUGUCGACAGAAGGUUGUGGGGUCUAACUCGUCAUAAAGAUCUUGGGGCGCAUCAUGAGAAUCCAAAGACUAUUUCUGCUGGAAGUGUUCGGGAAGAUAAAAAGGCUAAAUUUGGUGAUGAUGAGGCUUCAGGACACCCAAGGAAAGUUGGCAAAUACAAAGGAAGCAAAGCUUCUGAUUCAGUCAAAAAAGAAUCGAGUGCGUCAAAGGUGAAAAGUGGUCAUAAAGUGGAGCCAGAACAUCCUUUGAGAAAGCAGAAGUAUGACCAGAUAGAACAGGAGCCACCGUCUUCAACAAAGGUCAAGGAACAGCAAACCUCUGUUGUUUUUGAGACUAAGCUGAAUGGUCAAGCUGAGAAGAAGGAAGUGGUAGUCUUGAAACCACAAAGUGAUAGCAAAAAGGCCGAGGACACUUACAAAGACUUUUUUGGAGACAUAGGGGACUCUGAAGAAGAAGAGGAACAGAAUUGUUCGUUGGACGUAAAAGAUUUGCGGAUUUCAGAAAAGGGACUUCCGCCCUUAGAAGAUAUGCCUGACAAAUCGAGCUUCCCACUGGUAGAACCUCAGAACGUUGGUCCUGAACCCAUGUUGAGAAAACUUGGUUCUGAUGCUUCUCUUCCGAAAGCAAAUCCCGUGAUCAUACAAGAACAUUGGGUUGCUUGUGACAAGUGUGGAAAGUGGCGGCUUCUUCCUUUUGGCGUCGUCCCAGAAGACCUUCCUGAGAAAUGGAUGUGCACAAUGCUUAAUUGGCUGCCUGGAGUGAACUAUUGCAAUGUUCCUGAAGAUGAAACAACGAAGGCACUGUAUGCAAUGUAUCAGAUCCCUGUCCCUGAGAGCCAGGCUUCAAUGCAGAGUAAUCCCAGUGGCCCUAAGCCUCAGUUUAACCAGGGAGAUGACAACACAAAGAAGAAGAAAAAGGGUUUUAAAAAGAUAGACAAUGGAAUGUAUAAAGAAGGUUCUCGAACUGCCGAAACUAACAAGACCAUCCAAACAUCGUCAAGAAAUGGUAUUCAAAAUUCGCAUGGACUUGGCGACUUGGCCGAGGAUGAGAGGCAAAUACAUAAACAGAAAGAGAAAGGAAAAUCAGUGGAUCACCUCUCUGAUGAGUCGAAGAGCUUGAAGGCGAAUAACAAAAGAAAAUCAGAUCUAGAGAGUUCUAUGCUGGCCAAAAAAAUGAAGAUUGAAAGUUUUCUGUUUCCUGAUGAAUCCGAACAUGGAAAUGGACGUCCUACCUCGAGUAGUGGUGUCCCUGUCACGUCAGCAGAUAUAAAGCCCAAGCCUCGAGUCUCCUCCAAAAUGCCAAAAGAGGAAGGAGGAGCUUCAGACACUGGAAAUAGCAAUAGCACAGGGGGGAUUAAAAAGAGGAAACUGAGAGAAAGCCAUGGUUCUAGGAUUUACAGUGAGAACGAAAAUCAUGAACGAAAGAAAGCUCGAGUUCGUAAAGAAGAGAAGGAGCCUAGUUAUUCUCAAGGCAAUGGGAAGUUGGAAAAGAAAAAUAGAAGUCAUUCGAAAAGAGAGUAUGCACAUGUUCAGAACUCAAUCGCGGCCACUUCGAGUUCUUCUAAGAUUUCUGAUUCUCAUAAACCCAGAAACAGCUCCCACGAAGCUAAAUGUUCGCCUGUUGAGUCGGUGUCUUCCUCACCUAUGAGGCUUUCCAACAUGGAGAAAAGUACAUCUGCGAGAAAAAAGAAAGAAGAAUCUUAUGAUGCUAAUGUCUUUGCAGCAGGUAGUUUGAGAAAAUUCUCAGAUGGUGAAGGUGAAGAUGUUGGUGGGAGUGAUAGAUCGCAGUCGCGGAUGAAGGACAAACAUGGAUCCCAUGAGUCUUCUGUGCUUGAUAUUUGGGAUAAUAAAGGAUCUUUGAAAGCCAAAGAGCGCGCUGAUCCUUCUCUCGAUGCCAGUUUUGAGAAUGGUGGCCACAAGGAUUUACCGCGGAAACUGGAUCAUAUUCUCGGUGAAGGAAAACAGUCCAGCGAUCAUCAUCAACGUAGCAAUGAUUCCCUGGCAAAGAAGUCAGGAAAAGCUUCAUCUUCUCGGUCCAAAGAAAAGAGCCAAAGCAUUAGGUCUGAUUCACGGGAUGGCCCGAGACAUAUUGAAAAGAAGAUAUACGAUGGUAGUCCUGACAGUAGAGCGGAUAUGAUCGCGAGACCAAACAUUCCAAAACCUUACGACUCCGAAAGAAUAUCAGAGAGGAGUAAUAGAGCAGAUUUAGCUUCUCCAUCACGGCCACCAUCUAGAGGUAUCCAAGGGGAUUCUUCUAUGCUUUCUGUCCGUAAGAAAGUCGAUAAAUGCAGCACAUCAGCUGGAAAUAAUAAUAUUCAUGCUGAUGAUGUGACAAAGGCAACCGCCCAAAUAAGAAGGAAAAGCGAGCCUUCUCCAAGCCCCUUGCGAAAGGAAGUAACAUCUGCACAGGCCGCCCAUAAUACUUUAAAAGAAGCUAAAGACUUGAAACAUACAGCUGACCGCCUCAAGAGUUCUGUAUCAAACCUCGAGCACAUUGAGCUCUACUUCCAGGCUUGCCUUAAGUUUCUUCAUGGUGCUUUUCUCUUGGAGAUGAGUAGCAACGAGAGUGCUAGACAAGGAGAAACAAUGGUCCAAUCUAUGAAGAUUUAUAGUAGCACAGCGAAUCUUUGCGGAUUUUGUGCCCAUGAGUAUGAGAAGUCUAAAGAUAUGGGAGCUGCUGCCCUGGCAUACAAAUGCAUGGAGGUCGCGUAUAUGAGAGUGGUUAAUUCCUCCUACACCAGUGCUAAUAGAUAUCGAAAUGAAUUGCAGACUUCUCUGCAAAUGAUUCCGCCAGGUGAAUCUCCUUCUUCAUCUGCCUCGGAUGUUGAUAACGUGAACCACCCAGCAGCAGUAGACAGAGUUGGUACCUCAAGGGGCAUCAGUUCUCCUUUAGUUGCUGGGAACCACGUCAUUUCUGCGCAAAACCGUUCUAAUCUUUUACGCCUGCUUCAAUUUGCUCAGGACGUAAAUCUGUCAAUGGAUGCCUCGAGGAAAUCACGUGUGGCAUUAGCAGCUUGUAUUGAAAACUUGGGGGAGGCCCAACAACAAGGAGAGGGUAUUAUAUCUAUUAAAAGCGCCCUUGAUUAUAACUUCCAAGACAUUGAGGGAUUGCUACGUUUAGUGAAGCUUGCAAUGAAGGCCAAUAACCGGUGAAAGACAAAAAAAAAUGAAGCAACUUAUUUGCAAAAACUGAGAAGAGGCAAAGUUCUGAUAGUGAAGAGAUCACUGUUGCCUUGCUGCUCUGGGUCCAUUUCCAUUCACAAACGGCAUUUCAGGAUUUUGUUUGGAUCCGGUAAGCAUUUGUACAAACCAAGAGGAGUUCAGUUGACAGAGUCCGCUGUGAAGAGGUUUCUGGUAGACCAAGGAAGGAACUUGGCAUUUGCGAUUUUCAGUUGCUUCUCUUAUUCUACCAAAGGAACAAUUCACAAUGGCAACAUCAUAACAAGCUACUUUCCCAACUAAUUAUCCAAGAACUAUGUAUGGAUUAUACAGAGCAACCAAGAUGUAACUUCUGGUACUGGAUUUUCUAUUUCUCGAUCCCAUGACAGUGAAAGAUAGUUCCCCCAGUAUCAGAUUCUAAACUGUUCUCAUUCAAAAUAAGCCAUUUAGGGUAUUACAAAGAAAAGUUAUAAUAAGAUUACAAGAUCUGGAGUUAUAGUAGCUUUUCCUGUAGUUGUGAUAGGCUUUCUAAGUUUUAGGAGUGUUGUCUUUUUUUGUAGAUAAGAAAGUAUAAGUUACAAAUAGAGUUUUGCCGUCUUGCUCUGCCGGAGGAGCUUUCUAAGUUACUGGUAACUUCCCCAUCUGAUUUUCAGGUGCAGUUCUCUGCAAAGUUCUGAAACAGGCUUUGGCUCUUGUAGCUAAAACAAUGUUUGUUUUUGACUGGAGAUUCUCGACUGAGUGUAUAUGUAUGUAUGCCCCCUCCGAUUUCAAUGGCCUUAUUGUAUAAACUGUAACAUUGUCCAUCAAAAAUGAUGGAUAUUAUCUUAAUACAAAAAACAUAUAUGAGUGAGAGAAUUUUA